AUGGAAGCUGUAAAUUAUGAAGAAAUUUUUAAGGAUUCAAAACCGUAUAAUAUAUAUAAAGAAUUGGAAGAUGAAGUUAAAGAUGUGACUGAUGGUCAACAUUGUACUGAAUUUGAGGGAAUAACUUCUACUCACAAAGAAAAAUAUGUUACACUUUGUAAAAAAGUAUCAAAACUUUUAAAAUAUGUGUUUGAUAAGGAUAAAUUGAAAAAAAGUAAGGAAUAUUGUUCACAUUAUAAAUACUGGGUAUAUCAUGAAAUAUGGAAAUUAUUUAAAAACGGUCAACAAACGGAUGAUAUACAUAUUAUUGAUAAAUUUAAUAAAUUACAAAGUGAUCUUUUUGUUAAGCACAAUAAACAUAAUUGUUCUUACGGAUAUAUUCUCAAUGACUACGAGGAAUUGAAUUAUAAAAUCGAAAAAAAAUAUUUGUAUGAUUAUUUUAAAAACUAUAACACUAUUAAAAGUAGUAAACAAUGUAGUAAUGUUGGAGGUAGUAAGUAUAGAGCAUACCUUGAAGCUAUCAAAAAACUGUAUGAUGUAGAGUAUAAUUCUUGUUGUUUGUCCGGGUUAACAGAAUGUCCAGAUUAUAUUUUAACUUGCGAUGAUAAGUUUGAUCCUAGUAAACUCUUAUCCGCCUUAGUAUCUAAAGGUAGCGAGCGUUGUGAUGGACUAAAUGGAAUUACAGCUAAUUUUGAUGAAGAAAAAUUAAAUUCUGUGAUAACAGAUCCAGAAUUUUUAAACUCAAUUACAUAUGGCACAUGCUAUUAUCUAGAUAAUGGCGAACCUACACCAAGUGAAAUGGGACGUCAACAUUGUAAUUUAUUAGCAGCAUCUGUCAUGUUAUCUAGAAGUGAGCCUACAGCUGGAAAUGAAGGAUCAAGAACAUCUGUUAGUGGAUCCUCUUCAGGUAAUGCGAUUUCAGAGUCCAGGGCAGAUCAAUCAGAAGGAGAUCUAUCAAAAGGACAUGCAUUACAAGGUCAACCUGAUGCAAAAGAAAAAGAAGAGUAUUCUGGUGUGACAGAAGUAAAAAAAAAAGUUGCACCUCCUACGAUAGACGCAUCUGAUGAUUUUAGAUGGAAAAUUGCUGCAACAGGACAAUUAAAUUGUUCAAGUAAAAAUAAAAAGAAAUCUCAAUUAGCAAUGUGCAAUUUUAUGGAAGAACUGAUUGAAGGUGGUCAUGCUAAAAAAAUAGAAGGUACGGAGAAGUAUACUUUGGAUAUUAAAAAAGGAUGGACUACUGAAGAUUUAAAAGUAUAUCGUGAAAGAAUAAGGAAAAGAUUAACUUAUGAAUCAAAUAUAUUAAACAACAUUUUUGUCCGUAUUUCUACUGGAGUUACUCUAGUAAUGGGAAUUAUUUUUAUAUUUUACCUUUUUUUUAAAUUUACUCCCUUCGGAUCACGUUUACGUAGACAUAGAAAAAGAAAACAAAGGUAUAGACUUGAUUUUACCGAUUUAAGUACACGCAAACGACCAAGACGCUUCUUAAAACGUACUUAUAGGCAUUCUGAUAGAAGGAGAUUUAACGUAGUAAAUAUAGAAGAUGAGCUUAAUUCAUCAAAUGAUUUACGGAAUAUCAACUGA